CGGAGGCCGGAUAAAAAGCCCGGGUGGGACCGCGGCGGAGCGGAGCGGGCGCGGCACCGGCGGUUCUGAGGCUCUGAAGGAGGAGGCCACCCCCCCAGGCAGCCAUGGCCCCCACGCUGGCCACGGCGCACCGGCGGCGCUGGUGGAUGGCGUUCACGGCCAUCAUCGAGAACCUGCUCUUCUCGGCCGUCCUGCUGGGCUGGGGGUCCCUGCUCAUCAUGCUGAAGGCUGAAGGGUUUUAUUCCUACCUGUGCUACGGCCUAGAGACCACCACCAACACCUCUGAGCUCGACAACAGCACAGCAUCAGAGCACAAAUGGCCUUCCUGCAACGCCCAGGAUGAGAUGCUGAACUUGGCCUUCACCAUUGGCUCCUUCCUGCUCAGUGCCAUCACUCUGCCCCUGGGAAUUGUCAUGGACAAGUACGGCCCCCGCAAGCUGCGGCUGCUGGGCAGUGCCUGCUUUGCCGUGUCCUGUGUGCUGAUUGCGUACGGUGCCAGUAACCCAGACUCUCUGUCUGUGCUGAUAUUCAUUGCCCUGGCUCUGAAUGGCUUUGGUGGGAUGUGCAUGACCUUCACAUCGCUGACGCUGCCCAACAUGUUUGGGGACCUUCGUUCCACGUUCAUUGCUCUGAUGAUUGGCUCCUAUGCUUCCUCUGCUGUGACUUUCCCAGGAAUCAAGGUUAUCUAUGACUUUGGGGUCUCCUUCAUCCUUAUCCUGCUUGUCUGGGCAAGCUGUGCAGGACUCGUUUUCCUCAACUGCUUCUUCAACUGGCCCCUGGAGCCUUUCCCAGGGCCAGAAGACAUGGACUACACGGUGAAAAUAAAGUUCAGCUGGCUGGGCUUUGACCACAAAAUCACUGGGAAGCAGUUCUACAAGCAAGUGACGACCGUGGGGCGCCGUCUCAGCGUGGGGAGCUCCAUGAAGGGCCCCAAGGAGCCAGCAGCUCUGCAGGAGAACAACAAGCUCUGUCUGUCUACAGUGGACCUGGAAGUGAAGUGCCAGCCUGACAGUGCAGCUACUCCCUCCUUCAUGAAGAGUGUCUUCAGCCCCAUCCUGCUGCUCAGCCUCAUCACCAUGUGUGUCACUCAGCUGAGGCUCAUCUUCUACAUGGGAGCCAUGAACACCAUCCUGGAGUUUCUGUCUGGAGAUGAAAGUCAAGUGGCUUUCUACACUUCCAUUUUUGGGGUCCUGCAGCUGCUGUGCCUGCUGACAGCGCCUGUGAUCGGAUACAUCAUGGACUGGAGAAUGAAAGAGUGUGAUGAUGGCUCAGAAGAGAAUGAGGAGAGCAACGCUGAGCAAGGUGACAAGAAGAAGAAAAAGCGUGACCGUCAGAUCCAGAAAAUCACCAACGCCACCAAUGCCUUUGUGUUCACCAACUUCCUGCUGGUUGGAUUUGGAAUCACCUGUCUUAUUCCUAAUCUACCCUUGCAGAUUCUGUCCUUCAUUUUGCACACAAUUGUGAGAGGAUUCAUCCACUCAGCUGUGGGAGGCCUCUAUGCAGCUGUAUACCCCUCGACUCAGUUUGGCAGCUUGACAGGGCUGCAGUCAUUGAUCAGUGCCCUGUUUGCCCUCCUGCAGCAGCCUCUCUUCAUGGCACUGACAGGACCUUUGAAAGGAGACCCCCUCUGGGUGAAUGUUGGCUUGCUGGGCCUGAGCCUCCUGGGAUUCUGCCUCCCAAUCUACCUGGUCUGCUACAGGCGCAGGCUAGAGAGAGAAAAGAAGCAGAAGAUGGAAGAUGCCAAACUUUUCUUCAAAAUCAACGGCACUCCCACUGAGGAAGCCUUUGUUUAAACUGGUGCUUCAUGUGCAACCUCCCCUGUACAAGUUCCUACCACAUCUGUGGGUUCUACCUGUGGUGUAAGCCAGGACUUUUCUCCCCUGGCUCUGCCAGUCUUUGCUCAUCACUGGAGUGAGGGCUGGACAUCAUGACUGAGAUUUCCUCAGAUAUAUGGCAGGAGGAGACUUCCCACUCCUUAUUCCAAAACAUGGGACACUUUUCCUUUUUAUAAAGGCCACACAGCUAUUGUGUCUUAAAUUAUCCCCUGAUCACACUCUCCAGCAGCAGAGAGUUUGCAUGGGAAACUGGGGAGAGAAGGAAUAGAGGGAUGGGGGAAGAGGGAAGACAGACCAUAAUUUGAGUUUGCAAAUGUAACUCACUGCAAUCUGUUUUCUCCCCUUCUUCCCCCAAACUUGGCUGACACAGUCUCAGAUGCAAGCUGCACUGUCCUCCCUCCCCAAGGCUUCAUAAUGGUCUUUCUGCUUGAUGUGUAGCUGGAACCAGUGGUUUUACUGUCUCUCCAGACAUAUCCCUGUUUCUGAGGCAGGGAAGGGGUUUUUAUUCCUAUGUGUAUGAGCACAGCUUCAGUGUUUUGCUAAAUGUUGGCUGCUAGCACUGACAGCUCCCGAACCUUUUAUUACUGCAAAUGACACAGACUGUGAGCAAUGGAUCUGCCUUCCACACUGAAAUGAAGAGCCUAUAGUGGACUGCUGGUCCUAGACCAAGCCUUGGGAGGCCUGGAAUUCCUCUUCUUCCCGGUUCACAAACUCACCUGUACGUGUUUUAAACUGUCUGCAGUCCUGGAGCCUCUGAGAUAAGAAUUGGAUCUUGUUUACCGAUGAAGUGCUUUGAGACUUUGUUGCCUUUUGCCUCUCCUUCCCCCCUGAGAUGCCCCUGGGAGGGGAGCAGCAAUGUGUGUUCAGUAAAAAGUGGAGAAGCUUCUUGAA